AUGGGAUCAGGGAAACAAGGAACCUCGGAGACUUCAAGCGAAGAAAAUGAUCGGCAAGAGCAAGUCCAAGAAGGUGCGACCAUUACCACCACUAGUAGUAUUAGCUCUAAACGGUCUUAUGAAUGCACUUUCUGCAAGAGAGGCUUCACCAAUGCUCAAGCCUUAGGGGGGCACAUGAAUAUACAUCGCAAAGAUCGAGCCAAGACCAAGCCAGUCACAGCAGGUUCUUCAAUUUCAGGCACAACAAAUGAGAAGUACAUGAACCCUAAUCAUAUGGGACCAAUUUCAUAUGAAACCAUGAACUACUAUCCGGUUUUGGAGGCUCAAAGGAAUUAUCCCAUGAAUUUUCAUCCAUCUGGGUCGUCUAUCCCUAGACUGACACACUGUUAUUACCAUGGAAAUGAUUUGCAUGUCCCACCAAGGCAUCAGUCUCUGAGCAUGAAUGAAGAACUUUGGGGUGCAAAUUUGAGCUUGCAAAUCGAUUCCAAUCAUUUAGAAGACAAAGAACUGAAUAGGGAAGUUUCAAAACAAGAUGAAGUGGAUUUGGAGCUUCGACUUGGUCAUGAUCGGUAA